UUCUGUCCCUGCAGUCUGAGACAAACAGCGCCCCCUGGUGGUCCGGUUCCGUCCCCGGGCAGCUGGGGGAUUUCCUGGGCGGAAGCUGCGGAGGGGGUUUCCAGUGUGAUCAGCCCAGUCCUCCCCGCUGGAUCUCUGAACUGGAUCCCAGUGACUUCUCUCUCACACACACAGACAGAGGACGCACAGGACCCAGAGAACCCUGAACCAGAACCCCGAAGCUAAACCCGGACCAUGAGGAGUUCGCCUGAGGCCUGGAGGCUCCGAGGCAGCGGCAGCGGCGGGUUGACGGUUUGAAUCCGGGAGAGAGUUCACCGAGCCAAGGAGCUGCCGAGCUGAGCUGUGGCCUGCGGAGGAGAUUCAUGUCAUGUCAGCGGGGAGGAGUGCUGAUGGAAGGGAGGUGCAGAUUCCCCUCCAGCAGGUGGCGCCCUCCCUGGCCGCUUCCAUCUCUGUGGCCGCUCCCAUCACCCUGUCCUCUCACCGUCCAGCCAAUCCCUGGCCUUCCAGCGACCCCGCUGCCUCACAAGGUGUACCUGCAGGUUUCCUGCCCCUUCACGGAGGAUUCAGAGACCACUUUGUAGAGACUCCAGAAGCCAAAUACUGUUGUGAAGUGUGCAGGCUGGUCCUGUGUCAGCCCCGCCAGACUGAGUGUGGUCACCGCUUCUGUCAGAGCUGCAUCAACAACAUCCUCAGUCAGCAAAACCCGGUGUGUCCAGCUGACAUGGAGCCGCUGUUCAAAGACAAGAUCUUUAGAGAUGUUUGCUGCCAUCGGGAGAUCAUGGCUCUGAAGGUUUACUGUCGAAGUGAAGCCAACGGCUGUCAGGAGCAGAUGAGUCUGCACCAGAUACCUGACCACCUGAACGUGUGUCCAUUCUUUGAGGUUCCCUGUCCACUGGGUAAAUGUAAAGAGCGAAUGAUGAGGAAAGAGAUUCCCGACCAUCUGAGCUGGAAAUGUAAACACAGAGAGACCACCUGCGAGUUCUGCAUGACCAAGAUGCCUCUGACUGAACUGCAGAAACACAAAGAGACGGUGUGUCCGACGUUCCCAGUGUCCUGUCCAAACCACUGCUCCUUCUCCUCCCUGCCCCGGAGUGAGUUGUCCAAUCACCAACACGACUGUCCCAAAGCUCAGGUGAGCUGUCAGUUCCACCGCUACGGCUGCACCUUCAAGGGUUUGAACCAAGAAAUGAGGCAACAUGAGUCCACGUUCGCAGCUGAACACCUGAGAUUGAUGGCCAACAGGAACUCCUCGUUAGAGAACAAGGUGGAGGAUGUUAAAGGUGAGCUGAUGGAGAGGUACAAAGUGCUUCCUGCUCUCAGCAGCCGUCUGUCUGAACUGGAGAACCAGAACGACGAGCUGAGAGACAAGAACCGACAGAUGGAGCAGAAACUGGCCACCAUGCAGAAACUGAUGAGCUCUCACUCAGAGAAGCUCCUGGAGGUGGAGCUGGAGCUUCGUUCUCUCAGGCUGCUCAGAGACGAAGUGGAAGACCUGAGAGGAACGUUAGAGAACGUACGGACGAGGCUGAAUGCUCUGGAACAAGGGGGGCGCAGCGGAACUGGAUCCACAACACACACUCUGGCGCCCCUGGAGACUCAGCUGAACCGACAUGACGACAUGCUAAGUGUCCAUGAGAUCCGAUUGGCCGACAUGGACCUGCGUUUCCAGGUGCUGGAGACAGCGAGCUACAAUGGGACUCUGAUCUGGAAGAUCCGCGACUACAAGAGACGAAAACAGGAAGCGGUGGCGGCAAAGACGCUGUCGCUGUAUUCACAGCCAUUUUACACCGGAUAUUUCGGAUACAAGAUGUGCGCCCGAGUCUACCUGAACGGAGACGGCAUGGGCAAGGGAACGCACCUUUCCCUGUUCUUUGUGGUGAUGAGGGGUGAAUACGAUGCCCUGCUGCCCUGGCCCUUCAAACAGAAGGUGACUCUGAUGCUGAUGGACCAGGGUCCAUCAAGGAAACACCUGGGUGAUGCCUUUAAACCUGAUCCCAACAGCAGCAGCUUCAGACGUCCUGCAGCAGAGAUGAACAUUGCCUCCGGCUGUCCUCUGUUUGUAUCUCAGAGCGUCCUGGAGACCGGCAGCUACAUCAAAGACGACACCAUAUUUAUCAAGGUUACUGUGGAUACCUCUGACCUCCCUGACCCGUGAUGUUGUGACCCCUCUGAACCCUGACCUCGCUGGUCUGAGAUCAGCUCACCUGUCCACGCACAGCAGAGCAAAGGAUGAUGGGAAGGAUCAGUGAUGGUCCAGCUGAGAGCGACGCCGACAGAACAGAAGAAGAGUCAGACAGGAAGCAGCCAAUCAGAGUGAACUCUACACAGACCAGUGGACAGGUCUUCUUCUGUUUGGCUGAUGGACUACAGAACUGUGUGUGUGUGUGUGUGUGUGUGUGUGUGUGUGUGUGUGUGUGUGUGUGUGUGUGUGUGUGUGUGUGUGUGUGUGAAUGGAUCAGUGUUGCCAUGACAUCACCAUGGUGACAUCACUCAGAGCCAACAUGGCCACCGCAGCGAGGAUGUUGUUGCUGCUCAUUAUUGAUGCCGUGCAUCGAGCUUUACUUCCUGUUUCUUACCUGUUUGGUAUGCUGGGAAAUCACCACAGCCACAGAGGAGCGCAGAAAACAGACCAGUAGAGACCAGAGCAGACCAGUAGGAUCUAGUGAAAAGUGUUGAUCAAGAGAAGAGUCAGUUUGAAGGAAGUUGUUGGUUAUUGAAUAUUGAUUUUUGGUGCUGAUGUGGAAACUGUUGUUCUUCAGAUCUACAGAAACAAACAGUAGAAACAAACAAACAGAAAUAAACAAACAAACAAACAGUAGAAAUUAACAAACAGUAGAA